AUGGGAAGGACACGCGAGUGGCUGGUGGUGGCGUUGGUGGCGCUGGUCGUGGUGGCGCUGGCCUGGCCGGCGGCGGGGAAGAAGGGCGAAGGGGCGGCGGCCAAGGUGAGCGAGGACGACGACGACUUUAUGGACAUUGAGGACUUUUCGUGGCAGAUUGCCGACGACGCCGAGGAGGUCUGUCUGCAGUACUGCAAGGAGAAGCGCAAGCGGCCGUUCCUCUGCAACGUCUUCUCCCAGCUUGUCGGCAUGGUCGCCGACCAUACCCUCGGCUCGGUCAACCGCUUCCUCAACUUCCGCAAGGAGGCCAUCCUCAAAAAGUACUACGACCCGAUCUUUAAGCUCGAGCUGACGACCAAGCUCCGCGAGUCUGCUGCGUACACCGUCGACAACGACGUCCGCAAUGCCACAGAGAUUCGUGAGCACUUUAACCAGCGCUUCUUCCAGUGGUUCGUCAUGUCCUCGCUCUCCGACAAGGGCGCGGCUGGCCUCUCCGGCUCGGAGCUCUCGUCGCUCGGCGGCGGCGGCGCCGGCGCGGGCUUGGGCGGCCUUGGUGGCGCGCUGGCAGGCAUGGGUGGUGCCGGCGCCGGCUCGCACCCGCCCGGCUCGCCCGAGGCCGAGGCCAUUGCCGCCUUCCAGCGUUCGCAGGCUGGUGGCGCCGGCGGCUUCGACAUGUCGCAGUUUGACAAGCCCAAGACGCCCGAGGAGCAGGCGGCCAUCGACGCCUUCCACCGCUCGGUUGCCGAGGGCAAGAUCGAUCUUUCCGCGCCUGCCGCUGCGGCUGAUGACCACGACGAGCUGUAAACGCCCCAUCACAA